AUGGACGCACCAAUUUCUUACUAUCUCUACAACCCUUCCAAGCCUUUGGCAGGAGUUGCUGCUGGCCUUUUUGGUCUGAGCUUUCUUGUUACACUCUACCAGAUCAUCCGAAAGAAGGCUUGGGUCUGGAUAUUCAUGCUGUUAGCGAUUGCAAUGGAAAUCAUUGGAUAUGCAGCUAGAAUCAAGUCUGCCUCUGAACCAACCGAAAAGAAGCCAUAUGUGCUCCAGUUCACACUCAUUAUCCUGCCUCCGGUUUUGAUGGCCGGUGUCAUCUAUGUCGUCUUUGGAAGAAUCGUCUACUGGGUCGUCCCGCCUGAGUCACGAACUCUGCGAUUCCUUUGGGUUCCUCCUCGCUUUAUCACUCUUCUCUUUGUUGGCUUCGACAUGGUUUCUCUCAUCCUCCAGCUUGUCGCCGCAGUUUUCAUCGCCGGCACUGAUCCCACAGACUCCAAUGCGAAGCAGAAGCUUGACCUUGGCAAGACUCUAGGUCUCGUCGGUGUGAGCACUCAGAUUGCCGGUUUCGGUCUUUUCACCAUUGCAGCUGUUCGCUUUCACUUCGCAGCCCGGAAGCUUAGCCCUGAGUUUGCGAGACAGAACCAGGAAAAACAUGGCAUCACCAAGAAGUGGCAGACGUUAUUGACCGUGGUCAAUGUUUCAUGUCUUCUCAUCUUGAUCCGUUCUGUUUACCGUGAGAUUGAUUUUGCUGGCGGCAAAGACGGAAAAACGCACCAGAAAGAGUGGUUUCAAUAUGUUUUUGACACAUUGCCUAUCUUGAUCGUUGUGUUCCUCUACAACGUCUUCUUCCCAGCCAACUACCUCGCACAUCUCGGCUUCAAGGUACCCAAGGAAACGGGAACCAUGAAUGAUGUCGAGACGUUGAAAAAGAAACCUUCAACCUCGGAAUCCACAUAA